AUGAAGGUUACUCCAAGCUAUCAAAGAAACCAUAAGAUCAGUGGCAAGACGUAUUUCAUCGUAGGACGAAAAGAAGAUCUUUCAUCCAAAUCGCAGACGUCCGAUACUGAGAACUCAACUGAGAACCAAGAGGAGAGCCGGGAGGAGGAUUCUGGACAGAGUGACAAGGGAGAUGCCGAAGGGUCUCGUAGCUCUCCGCAGAACGGCAACCAGAGCAGUAAACCCCUUCUUGGAGAACCGGGGUCGGACUCCAAGCAGAACAGUCCAGUGUGGAGGAGGAACUCACCGGGGACUAAGAAAGCUACCACACCUGAAGCUUUGUUGCAUGUACCUGGCGCCAAAGGAGAGAAUGGGGGUCUGGGUCCAAGUCGUACGCCCUCAGUCCGAGAUCUCAUCGCUGAACACUCAGCCGAUGGAAGCCCCUUACCACUCAACAUCUCGCUACAUAACAACCCACAGCGUAACAGCGAUCAGGACUUCGUGGACUGCAUCAAGCAACAAGGUACGACGGACUACUUCCACCAGCCUCCCAUUAACAACCUCACCCUCACCUUCCACAACAGGGACAUCGAGAAGCUGUACCGGUCGCAGUUCAGGCAAGACACGUCCAAGGAGCUCAGGAAUCUUGAGGCGGGACGUAAGAAUCGCCGACACUCCUCUGAGACCAUCUCCACAGCCAAGUAUAACACUGUCUUCGAUGUAGCGGUAUCUUUCGUGGUCUACUUGUUGAUUUCAAUAGGGUGUUUCUUAGUCUUCGAAGUCCAGGUUCACUGGUCCAUUAUAUUUCCUAUAGCCGCUGUUCUACAGCUGGGUAUACUUCUAGCUGUUCUAUUGCAAGCGUUUAGCAAACAGAGGUCAGGCUUUAUGAUGGUCUUGUCGAGUUUCUUCCAUCAUUGGGGGCCAAGACACAGUCUAGGAGCCAUCUUGAUCAGUCUACCUGUCCUAGCCGUGUUCGCAAACUUUCUCUGCCAAACGAAAACAGAGAAUUACCAGAUCACAAGUUCCUUUUUCUGCUUCCUGAUCGUCGUGGCACUACUUCACUUCUGUAAUUUUGUCCAGCUGAGCUCGUGGAUGAAGACCAUCUUGGCUUGCCUGUGCGCCAUCAUCAUGCUGGUGCUGUUCAUCUUCAACCCCUGUACCAAGUCUAAGAUGGUGGCACAAGUGGCCUCAAAUAUUUCAGAUGAGUUCCCUACUUACUCCCCGGAUUGUUCCUCCCUCAACCAGAACUAUGAAUUUGCCAUGGAGGCAAUUAUUGAUGUCAUUCUGCUUCUUGUUCUGGUUUUGUUCCUCAAUCGAGAAUUUGAGAUCAGUUAUCGACUCAACUUCUACGGUGGAGUAGAGGCAGGGUCGGACAGGGAGCAAAUGCAGCAAGAGAAGGAAGAGGCGGAGGACCUGCUUCACCAAAUCAUCCCAGUGUUCGUCACUGAGCAGAUGCGCAGCACCUCCAAGUUCUCCCAGAACCACGAACAGGUGGCGGUCAUCUUCUGCAGUGUCGUCAACUUCAUUGAUUUUUACGAGGAGGCCUAUCAAGGUGGAAAAGAGUGUAUCCGCGUUCUGCACGAACUCAUCAGUGACUUUGACAAUUUACUGAGUUGGGAGCAAUUUGAAUCGGUGGAGAAGAUCAAGACCAUCGGAUCGACGUACAUGGCUGCGUGCGGCCUGCACCCUCCCACGCAGGAGGAUGAGGACAUUCCAAACAGGAGCCUGAUUAUUAUGAUGGACUUCGCUAUGGAGAUGAUCUCACAGGUUAAAGUCUUCAACAGCGAGAUCUUGAACAUCACAAGCGGGGCCUUUGAGUUCAUCCCUCGUAUUGGUUACAACCACGGACGGCUGACCUCUGGGGUCAUCGGCACCACUAAACUCUUAUAUGACAUUUGGGGCGACACUGUCAACGUCGCAAGCCGCAUGGACUCCACGGGUCUAGCCGGUAGUGUCCAAGUUGCAGAACACUCAAAGACUGCCCUAGAGCCCUACUACAUGUUUGAAUAUCGUGGUCCAAUCAAAGUCCGAGGCAAGGGGGAGAUGACUACGUUCCUCUGUAAGGGGAAGAGAGAGACUCCAUUGUUAAUAGAAGAAUGCAAUACGCAUCCAGCCAGCCCUAAUGGUCCUAGUCCUGUAUCUGACGCAUAGCACUCAACAAAUUGUAGCCUAGUAGGUUUAUAGCCCUAAAACAAACAUUUGUAAAAAGAUGUUUUGUGAACUCCACUUUUUUGUAGCGAUCUGUGAAAAAAAAAAAAGUGACAUACUGUAGAGGGGUUAUUUCGUGUUGGAUGCACAAUUUAUUGGAGGAUGAAGCCGUCUCAAGUGGUCUAAUGCCAGAUUCAUACCUUGCGAGUGCGCAUGCGUAUUCUAUACUAAUGUUUAAGUUACACUUUACAGCCCUGUUUUCGCUGCAAAUGUUUCUGAGGAGUUACCCACGUUUCGCAUUCGCAGGAAGUAUGAACCAGGCUUGGAGAUGAGUUUUCUAGUUUGAGCGUCAUCCAUCUCUGAUCACUGUAUCUCAACCUUCCGUUUUCUCAGUGUUCAACCUGGAAAAUUGCGUGGUCUUUCUGAGAACCACUUCAUCUAUUAACCGUUUUACAAAUCUUGUUUUCCAGGACUUGAUCUGUGAAAAUUUGUUCUAUCAAAAUUAAUAUCAACUUGAUAUUCUCAAAAAAUGAUUCAGAGCUACACAUUUCUCAAAAUAUUUUUGGUAAUCUUGGUAAAAUGUUCAAAUCAGUUGAAGAUGUCAUAAUACGGCUCAUCUUUCAAUAAAUUGGGUGAGCAGGUUUAACAGCAAAAUAACCCCAACAAUCAGCUUUUCUUCCCUUCAAACUUCCGCACCUCAUCCCAUCUCAUUUUGUAGAAAAAGAAAAAAAAAAGAGAAAAGGAAAAAAAAAAUAGAAAAAAAGAAGAAAAAGUUUGAUAGUGGAAGAGUGUAGAAUUAUGUUUACUAAGCACUAUUUUCUUAUUUUUGUUUUGCUAAGUAGAUUGACAACGCAGCUUUGUUCACAAUUUUCCGACAUCAGUUUGCCAAAGGGUGAAUCGACCAACUCCUACGCUAAGCCUGAAAGAAAAGCAGAAGACAAAGAAACAACAAGACAAAAACAGUUUGUAAACAUGUAAACAAUUCAAUAACAAAAGAGAGGCUUGGCAAGCGAAACACAUUAACAAAUUCAUCGGGCAAAUUUGAUAGAGCUUUUAUGCAUACAAUUUAAUGAAUUAAUUUUGCUUAGCAAAAUGAAAUUUGCUCAGCAAAAUUCAUUUUGCUUAGCAAACUAGGUUACCAGUCAAUAUAUGGUUUAAUGAACAGAGGAAUGGCGAGAGAAAUACUAGAGUAAAUUCAUCAGACCAAUUUGAUAGAGCUAUAAUGCACAAAAGUUUACCAGGCGCAGUGAAUUUUGCUUAGCAAAAACAGGUUACCAGCCAAUAUGGUUUCUUGCACAUUGUGUACAACUGGUUCACAGUAUUUGCUUAGCAGUUCAAUUGGAUUAGCACUAAUUUCUACUUAUGAAGCUCUCCGAAACAUUUUCAGGGAACCAGUCAAAAAUGGUAUUCAUUACAUGGAAUCUUGGCUGGUAACCUAUCAGUUUAAGGUUAGUUGAAGGUCAGAUAACUAGAUAACGUACUAGAAAUUAACUCUAGAAAUGUAUAAAGGAACCAAAAUAUCCAACAAAAAAGUCUCUAUCUAAACAGCACCACAUAAAUCAUUUGAGUUUUUAACAACAUUGAUUUAAGGAGUACUCGUAGGGGGUGCGAUAGUUUUAGGAAAACUUAAUCAGCAACCUUUGAGAUCAGACCCGAAUAACUUGACAUCCUUCAUACAUGUAUUUCGGUAAAAAAAACAUUUAAACCAAGUUUCAGAAACCAAACAUCAAUGAAAUUGUUUAAAAAAGGACUUUGAAAUCAGUUGUCUUCUCUCAUAUAAUACUCAUUGCACUGUUUGAUUUUAAAGUUAAAUGUUCUUCCACAUUAUUUUGCCAAACUAAUCUUCACAAUUUAUAGUCAACCAUUUACAAUUUUUAUUUUGCUAUGUUUUUAAGUGUUUAUUGACAGGCUUCCAAGCUUCUUAAAAGUCUCUUAUUUUGAAGAGGUUCUUGGGCUGUGUCGGAAUUGGCGGCUACAGCUACGGCUACAGCUAGAUUUCUGCAUCAUCAUGCGUUGAGGUAUAGGGCAUCCUUAGCAACACCCUUAGUAACAGCCAUAGCCAAUGCUGUGGAGGCCAAUUCGGAUACAGUCUUACUCUAAGCUUUGAAGUCUCUUACUUCAGUUGUGAUUGUAGAACCGCCAUGGUUACAUAUCAGUCAACACAGUGCCAAAUUUGUUUUUGUCUCUCUUUGUUUUGUGACCAGAGAGUUAUUAUUAUUACUAUUAUUAUUAUUUAUUUUUUUAAAUUGACUGAAUCUGAAAGUGUUUUUUAAACAUGAGUUGUAGAGUUCUGCAAGUGCAGUAACAAACUAGCUUUUCAUUGGCUCCCGGCGCAAUGAUAUGUAAAGGUCCAUGGUCACAUGAGAUAAUUUACAGCCAAUCAAUUUCAGGGCAACAUCAAAGAGAGAACAAUACACAUAUUACUCGCAAAUUCUAAUUUAAAUAAUGCUAGGUUUGAUUUUUGUCUGAUUUUACUCAAUUUGUUGUUGAAGAGCUAUUUUUAGAGACACAGCAAAUAAUGAACUUUUGUGGUUUUGCAUGAUAAAAAAAUCUACCAAUAAUAUGUGGUAGU